AUGCCGUCUCUUGAAAUCAACAAUUUCAAUAUUGUAUGUUCCGUUCUGGGAGGGUUUAUAACCAUAUUUGGGUUGGUGUCGUAUCUGUUCAAGGAACGAUUUUAUCUCUCUGAGGCUUUGAUAUCCACAUUGGCGGGCAUAACGUUCUCCCCCCAUGCAGCCAACUUCAUCAAACCAAUGGACUAUGCAAUGGGGUCUCAGUCCAACCUGGACGCUAUCACCAUGUACUUCACCCGUCUCGUCCUGGGUGUCCAGCUGGUUAUUGCCGGUGUCCAACUACCCGGACGUUACUUGCAGACGGAAUGGAAGAGUCUAGCUCUACUUCUUGGUCCUGGGAUGGCUGUUAUGUGGCUUUCGAGCGGAUUACUGAUUUGGAGUCUUGUGCCUAAUAUAUCCUUCAUCCAGGCGCUAGCAGUCGGUGCAUGCGUCACGCCGACUGAUCCAGUCUUGUCCAACUCUAUUGUUAAGGGGAAAUUUGCUGAUAAGAAUAUCCCGCGUCCUUUACAGAGGAUUAUUGUUGCCGAGUCUGGUGCGAAUGAUGGAUUGGGGUAUCCAUUUUUGUUUCUGGCUCUGUACCUGAUGAAGUAUACCCAGGGUCCAGAAUUUAGUGGAGGAGGAGGAAAAGCGAUUGCUCUGUGGAUUUAUGAGACGCUUAUUUAUGAGAUUGCGUUGAGUGUCGUGUAUGGUGCGGCGGUAGGUUGGUUGUCUAUGAAGCUACUUCAUUGGGCGGAGGAGAAGCGGUACGUCGAUAGGGAGAGUUUUCUUGUUUUUGCGAUUUCGCUUGGUCUAUUUAUCAUGGGCACCUGUGGCUUAAUCGGCACCGAUGAUUUGCUUGCUUGUUUCAUAGCCGGAAACGCAUUUACUCAGGAUGACUGGUUCCGUCUCGAAACAAUGGAUGACUCCCUCCAACCUACGAUUGAUAUGUUACUCAAUCUGGCCAUCUUCGUCUGGUUCGGGGCCGUUUGUCCCUGGGCCUUGUUUGCCCACAACGACAUCAUUCCAAUCUAUCGGUUGAUCGUCCUGGGUAUUUUGAUUCUACUGUUCCGUCGUCUACCAGUAGUGUUUGUGAUGCACAAGUACAUCCAUCAAAUCGAGCAAGUCUCUCAAGCGCUCUUUGUAGGAUUUUUCGGUCCAAUCGGUGUUGGCGCCGUUUUUUAUCUCUCCGUUUGCCGCCAGUUUCUGCUGGAGGAAAUAAUAGUUGAUGGAGAGGUACGUGCCGAUGCCGUCAGGACGGCGGAGGUGACAUAUAUCGUGGUCUGGUUUUUGGUUAUUUGCUCUAUUUUUGUGCAUGGCCUCAGCGUCCCCCUCGGCAAAGCAGGCUACCACAUCCCGCGCACAAUCUCAACAGCACUGAGUUCCACUUCCGGAGAACAAGAACCAAUCUGCCUCCCAAGCAAUCUAAACACUCACAGCACAGCAACACCAAUAUCAACCCGCGGUCUACGCUUUUAUCGAAACCGCAGCAACGCUCCACCCACUACCCGGGAGCCUCCCCGGAUCGUAUUUCAGAUUGCUGGCUCUCAGCUGCCCCGAGAAGGACAGCGAGAAGAUCAACAAUUGCAACAGCAACGUGAAGAUGUUGAAGUUGCGGCUGUUGCGAAUGCGAGUGCGGAUGAGACGUUGCCACUGCAACCGACGAUGCCGGCUGUUCCUACUCCGGCGACGAUUCAUGAGCCUAGAAGACCGAUUAAAUUAAUGGGUGAUGAUGGGCGUGUCGUGGAGACGUUGAAUGGGGAUUUGGAGUAA